UUUUAUUUAACAAUAGUGUUAAUAGUGCCUUAACGUAUUAGAUUAUGUACGAGCGCACUAUUGAAAAAGAAAACUUUGUUCGACAAAUCACACCUAAUAAGCAUACAUUAAAUCUGUGUUGUACUAGAACACUGAUAUAAGCGUUUUACAACCCAAUGUUUUUCGCACAGCACACGUGCGGCAAGCAGCAGAGAAAAUUUCGCGCCGCGUGGAAUCAUGGGAGUACACGCAUCAACAAGAAUAGGAAAUAUUUAGUUACGUAGCAAACAUGUUUUAUUAACUGCAAAUGAUUUUAAAAUAUUAAACCUAGUGAUAAGAAAAUCAAUAAAAAAAAGUCUUUAAAAAGUUUUUUGUGAGGAUUGUCAGUAUCUACGCCGCCAAGAUACGCGACUAAAAUUUUGAGGUGUUUUAAAAAAAAAAAUCGACAUCAGCGGGCUUAUGACGCGCAGUGAUAGACGUUAACUUUUACAUGUUUAUAAAACAUUUAUUUAACAUUUUUGUUUUAAAUGGUUUAUUUUCUAACACUUUAAACAUGUUUUAAACAUGUUUCAUUUUAAAAUGUUUUUUGGUAAAAAUGUUUCUAAAAUGUUUCUUGUUUCCUCAUUGGCUUAGCCUCGUCACGUGAUAUGACUAUCAACGUACCGUUGAGAUACAUGUAGUUCAGUGAAAAUGAGCAGGAAAAGACAAACGCGAAAACGCACCACAGGAAAGCGACCUCAGGCUCGAAAGAUAUAUGAGCCUACAGAUAUUCAAGCGCUAAAGUCAAGGAUUAAAAAACUUGAGCAGCAAGUUAAACUAAAAGAGGUGAAGCAGAAAAGACCUGGCAGAAUUCAGCAAAUGUUGACUGCAGCCGCAGCUACCGUUACACAUUUGGCAACGACGAUUAACAAUAAAACGAAGUUAUACUUCGGAGGAGGGAAAAGAGGAAGACGGCGACGUGCUCAACACACUGCACGUGCAAAAUGGAGCAGCCAGAACCAAGAGAACGACUCAGAAGAAAGAAGUUUACCACGAGGACAAGACAAAAGGCAACGUCCACAUCAAAAGAAGCGCAACUGCAGCGGCGUCACCAAACUCGUUAAGCCAUCGACCUGCGGAGAACUGGGGAAACAAAAAAAAAUUAUCACAAAAAGUAAAGGAAAGGGACCAAUGAAAAGGAAGCUUUUACAAAUGGGGAUUAACGACAUCAAUAAUAUCCUCAGUUAUACAACCUGUGCUGAAUGUGACAAUAAUGGUUUGUUGUCAUCAAGAUUCAGCCAGAAUUCUGAUACGGAAAUAGAAAUGUGGUGUGACUCGUGCAGCUUCAGAGAAACAUUCAUUAUCAAUAAUAACUAGUUGAUAAGAUACACCUAACCCUAAUAUCCCCUGGAUAUUUCAGAAAAUUUUAACUUCAGCCGCAGGUACCGUUACGCAUUUGGCAACGACGAUUAACAAUAAAACGAAGUCAUACUUCGGAGGGAAAAGAGGUAAAAAGCGACGUGCGAAACACGCUCCACGGGCGCGAUGGGACCGCAAGAAGCAAGAGAACGAUACAGCCAGUGACUCAGAGGAAAGUUUACCAGGACAGGGUAUUAUUAUAGUUAAUAUUUAUUAUAUUUAUUAUUAUAGUUUUCUCUAUUAUAGUUGCGUGCGUGUGUGUGUGGAUUGGGGGCGGGGACUUCAUGUGUGCAUUUCAAUAUGUGUGUGUGUGUGUGUGUUAUACAUGCUUGUCGGAUUGGUUAAGCCCAUUUAUUUAACAAUUUUGUUUUAAAUGGUUUAUUUUCUAACACUUUAAACAUGUUUUAAACAUGUUUCAUUUUAAAAUGUUUUUUGGUAAAAUUGUUUGUAAAAUGUUUCUUGUUUCCUCAUUGGCUUAGCCUCGUCACGUGAUAUGACUAUCAACGUACCGUUGAGAUACAUGUAGUUCAGUGAAAAUGAGCAGGAAACGACAAACGCGAAAACGCACCACAACCUGUGCUGAAUGUGACAAUAAUGGUUUGUCAUCAAGAUUCAGCCAGAAUUCUGAUACGGAAAUAGAAAUGUGGUGUGACUCGUGCACCUUCAGAAAAACAUUCAUUUUCAAUAGUACCUAGUUGAUAAGAUACACCUAACCCUAAUAUCCCCUGGAUAUUUCAGAAAAUUUUAACUUCAGCCGCAGGUACCGUUACGCAUUUGGCAACGACGAUUAACAAUAAAACGAAGUCAUACUUCGGAGGGAAAAGAGGUAAAAAGCGACGUGCGAAACACGCUCCACGGGCGCGAUGGGACCGCAAGAAGCAAGAGAACGAUACAGCCAGUGACUCAGAGGAAAGUUUACCAGGACAGGGUAUUAUUAUAGUUAAUAUUUAUUAUAUUUAUUAUUAUAGUUUUCUCUAUUAUAGUUGCGUGCGUGUGUGUGUGGAUUGGGGGCGGGGACUUCAUGUGUGCAUUUCAAUGUGUGUGUGUGUUAUACAUGCUUGUCGGAUUGGUAAAGCCCAUUUAUUUAACAUUUUUGUUUUAAAUGGUUUAUUUCUAACACUUUAAUCAUGUUUUAAUCAUGUUUCAUUUUAAAUUGCUUUUUGGUAAAAUUGUUUGUAAAAUGUUUCGUGUUUCCUCAUUGGCUUAGCGGUGUUUAACGGCAGCCGCAACUACUUUUUCAAAAUUAGCAACGACAUUGAACACCAAACGGAAAAAAUAUUUUGGAGGUAGAAAGCGUGCAAGAAGGCGACGUGCGAAACUUGCUGCUAUGAUCUAACCCAGGGGUCUCAAAACGCGGCCCACAUGAAUUUUCAAUUUUGAAUUUUUUAAACAAAAACAUUUUUGUGCGGCCCGCGGCCACGUCCGCGGUGUAUAUGUAUGUUGUGCUUGGUGAUUAAGUCCCGCGGUGAAAAUUACCCCCGUUCACAAGCGAAAUGAAAAUAACACAAGGGAGGGAACUACUAAAACGUUCAGGAAAUGUUCCAUACAUAUAAUAUUCUUGUUUCUGCUUUGUCAUCAGGUUUGUCAGUUGCGGAGGAGAGUUCAUUGUUUACUCAACUUUACUGUAGUAGUGUAGUAGCCCUAAAAAUGUCAUCGUCGUCCAAAAAGCGAAAAAUUGCGGAUGAAAACAGGGUGUUCCAGGAGAAGUGGGAAAAUUUAUAUUUUGUCACACAAGUGGGCGAGAAACUCAGCUGUAUGAUUUGCUUGCAGUGCAUCUCUGUGCCCAAGGAAUACAACAUACGUAGACAUUAUGAAACAUUGCAUCGAGAACAGUAUGCUGGACUGUCCGGCAAACUGGCGAGGAAAGUCCAUCACUUGAAAGCAUCUUUCAGCAAACAAAGAAACUUUUUUGCACGCAUCAACACAGCAAGCGAAGAUUCUGUGAAGGCAAGCUUUGUUGUUAGCGAGAUGAUAGCAAAGGCUUCGCGACCAUUCACUGAAGGCCAGUUUGUAAAAGAGUGUAUGCUACAGUCGUGUGAAAUUAUCUGCCCCGAGAAAAAGAAGCUCUUCGAAGGCAUAAGUUUGUCUGCGAACACAUUUGCAAGCAGGAUCACAGAGUCAGCGACAAAUGUUCAACAGCAACUGACUGCCGCUGCAAAAGACUUUGUAACAUAUUCCAUUGCACUGGACGAGUCUACUGGUGUAACACACACCGCAUACUGUGCCGUUUUCAUUCGUGGGGUCGACGAAAACUUGAACAUUGUUGAAGAGCUAUUGGACUUACUACCCAUGAAAGGAACGACGACUGGACGUGAUGUGUUUCAAGAACUGGAAGCUUGUAUUGACAGGUGUGGGCUACCGUGGGAAAAACUUGUUUCAAUGGCUACGGACGGUGCACCAGCAAUGUGUUCAGAGAAGGUUGGUGUUGUUUGGAUUAAUGGUAGAGAAACGGAAUCAGCUCAGCUUGGCGGGACCUUUUGCAGCCAUACACUGCAUUCUGCACCAAGAAGCACUCUGUGCCAAAAGUCUACAAAUGAAGAACGUGAUGGAUGUUGUCGUGAAGACGGUGAACUUCAUACGUGCACGGGGUCUCAACCACAGACAGUUUGUGUCCUUUCUAGCUGAUUUAGAAACGGAAUACGGAGAGUUGCUGUAUUAUACGGAAGUCAGAUGGUUGAGUCGUGGAAAAGUGCUGCAGAGAUUUUUUGAACUGAGACGGGAAAUAACAUUGUUCAUGGCAAUGAAAGACAGAGACAUACCUCAGCUCAGUGACCCAAUGUUUUUGUCGGAUCUUGCUUUUCUUACUGACAUCACGCAACAUCUCAAUACACUUAAUUCACAACUACAGGGCUCAAAGCAGCUGAUUGCCGUGAUGUUUGACCGCAUCAAAUCAUUCAGAUGCAAGCUGACUUUGUGGGCAAGUGUUGGCCUUAUUCCGAAAAUGUAAAAAUCCGUUAAAGGUUUAGUUCCGUUUUGGGUUAAAUAUACUUGGGCGGGAGCCUACAAGAUGUCUCUUGUGCGUGGUCUGACUGGAGAGUUUAUUGAAUGCCACCUCUCAUAAUACCUACAAACCAAUAACACCACAUGGUGUCAGAAGUGAGCAGCAAAGUGCUAGCUAUGUGAUUUCUCCAGAAACUUUCAGGUGGGCAAGUUUUUUCCCAUUUCGAAAUAUUGCGCAGUACGUUCCAGUUCGCAAUGUGACAUUUCUCGCAGCAUGUCUUUAAUAGUGUGCAGUUGGAUGAUUCAAAGUUUUGUGUACUCUACAUAAGUUUUGACUUGCGGUGCUUAGUACAAACAUUCGUGUACGCCACUUCAAGAACGUUGGUUACUUCGUUUUUUGUUUUUUUUUGUGGACGCCAGCAACAUGACAGAGACACACCAGAGAAAACACUUCACUGCAAACGUUCCGGUUCCCUCAAAGCUGGAUUUGUCUUCUAACAUUGAAGUAAAUUGGAAAAAAUUUCUUCGUCGGUGGCAGAACUAUGAGGUAGCUACGCGCCUUGAUAAAAAGAUUCAGCUUAUCGUAGUGCAGUUCUAUUAGCUUGCAUUGGUGAGGACGCACAAGAAAUCUACAAAGGAUUAUCCUUAGCAGAAGGGGAGAACAACAAAGAUAUCCAGACUGUCAUCGACAAGUUCAGCGACUUUUGUUUGGGUAGCACACAUGAGGUGUAUGAGAGCUACAAGUUUCAUAGCCGAAACCAAAACAAGGAUGAGUCAGUUGAUACUUACGUCACAGCUU